AUGCUGGUGCUUGUCGGAAUGAUGACAGCUGCCCUCAUCUUCGACUUCCGUGGGAACAGACUGCUGUUGAAUCGCUACAACACAUUCGGCUUGCUGCUGCUUGCGGUGGCUGUGGGUGUUGAGGUAAUCGACUCGGUCUCGCAAGUCCACGGAACCUACUAUGACAUUAUAUUCUAUGCAAUCUGUUCAUUCAUUGCUGGCACCUGCUACAGCAUACAGGCAAAGAUGAAUAAGAGAUUAGCUAGGGAUUUGGGCUCCACGGCCCGCAGUGCCCUCUUCUGCAACGUGACUGCCAUGGUAUGGGCUAUCCCUUUGUGGAUUGUGUUGCAGUCUUCGGGUAUUCCCCUCAGUUUUCAAGAGCCGAAAUGGUGGAUCUGGCUGCUUUGUGGCCUUCAAUCGGCAUUCUAUACAUAUUCCUUGGCGGAGCUGCCGAAGAUGAUAGGCUAUUCUGUCGUCUUUGUGCUGGUGCUGGCAGGGAAAUUAACCACUGCCUCUUUGGCGGACACCUUCGGACUCUUCUCUGCCCCGCGCCCGGUGUCCGUGGCGCGGUUCGUCAGCGUGGCCUGGGGCCCCGGGUUGCUGAAAUACGGGGAUUACUUGGGGUGA